UCUGAUGGAAGAGGUGCUUUGAUUCUGAUCUUCUUGUGGUGCUGGGUAGUUAAUAACUGCAGACAGAAGGGUGCAUCGUUGUACAUCAGUCUGUGCCACCUCUUCAACCCCUCUGCAGCUCAGUGCCAGUCUGUUGCCUCUACCAAGGACAUUGUUGACCAGACCUGGAGUUAGCUGCUCAUUUCUAACUUUGCCUGAACUGUGUGACCUGCUCAGCCAUUUCACGGUGCAGGUACGCCAGCUUGUGACAUUGACAGCGUACUUUAGAUGGACGGCUCCAUGCUCCAACAUUCCUCACAAGCUCUAAGCAACAAACCUGGACAUAACCUGGGCAUCCUGAACUUCCUCGACUCUCUGGCCAAUGAAACAGUGGAACAUUGUUACAGUGCGCGAUCCCGUAGCACUGUCCUUCAGGGGCUGUCGUUCGGAGGUGUCCCCACUGUACUUGCCAUCAAUUUCAUCCUCUGGCUGGUGCUGCUGUUCAUAUUUUCCUGCCUGCGGAAAGCUGCCUGGGACUAUGGACGACUGGCUCUACUGAUGGACAAUGACAGCCUUACCUCCUUGUUUUAUGGAGAACAGACUGAAAAGGAGAAAUCUUCCUGUGAAACCAGCCCCACAGAACUAGAGAGUAAGGAUGUGGGCUUCUGUUCCUGGUUGACCACACUUUACUACAUGAGAGAUGAUGAGAUUCAGUACAAGUGCGGAGUUGACGCCAUCGUCUAUCUGUCAUUCCAGCGACACAUUCUGGUUCUACUCAGCGUGGUCUGUGUCUUUUCCAUUGCCAUCAUCCUUCCUGUCAACUUCUCGGGGGAUCUACUGGGUGAUAGCCCGCAGCACUUCGGCCGUACAACCAUCGCAAAUGUUCCUGCAGAUGAUCGGCUCCUGUGGCUGCACAGUAUAUUUGCACUUCUUUACUUCAUAGUUACAGUGAUCUGCAUGGGUCAUCACUCUCUGCAGCUUGAUUAUAAGGAGAACGAAAAGGUCGCAAGGACAUUGAUGAUCUCACAAAUCCCAAAGGAAAUUACAGACACAAGCCUCCUCACUAAGCACUUCCAUGAAGCCUACCCAAGCUGUACUGUGACGGAUGUGCAGUUCUGCUUUGAUGUCCGUGCACUGAUGAAACUCGACAGUGAGAGACGAAAGGCAAUGAAGGGCCGUCUAUAUUUCACAGCCAAGGCCCAAAAGGAAGGAAAAAUAAUGAUCAAGACCCACCCACUAGCUCGGAUCUGCUGCUGUGACUGCUGUGGAUUUGAACAGGUGGAUGCAGAGCAAUACUACAGUGAACUGGAAGAGAAGCUCACAGAUGAGUUCAAUGCUGAGCGCAAUCGGAUCACCCUGAAACGGCUGGGAAUGAGUUUUGUGACCUUCCAGGAUGAGCGGAUGACAGCUGUGAUUGUGAAGGAUUACCAGCACAGUCAGUGUCGGUAUCGGCCACAACAGUCCAGCAUUACUACUGUCGUUAAGUCUUACAGAUGGGAUGUUCGAUAUGCCCCAGGACCAAGUGACAUUAUCUGGGAGAACCUGUCAGUGCAGGGUAGUGCUUGGUGGAUCCGCUGCGCAAUUCUCAACAUCCUGCUCUUCCUACUCCUCUUCUUUCUCACUACUCCUGCUAUCAUUGUCAACACCAUGGACAAGUUCAACGUCACAAAUCCUGUGGAGAGCCUCAAGAACCCCAUUGUGACCCAGUUCUUCCCAACCUUGCUUCUGUGGACAUUUUCCGUGCUGCUGCCAUUCAUCGUCUACUACUCCGCGUUUUUUGAGUGUCACUGGACAAGAUCCACCGAGAACCAGGUGACGAUGCACAAGUGUUACUUCUUCCUGGUUUUCAUGGUGAUCAUCCUGCCCUCUCUGGGCUUGACCAGCCUUGAUGUCUUCUUCCACUGGCUUUUCGACACUCACUUUCUGGAUGAAGCAGAUAUAAAGUUCCAAUGUGUCUUUCUCCCAGAUAAUGGAGCUUUCUUUGUGAAUUAUGUCAUAACGUCCAGUUUGAUUGGUACAGCACUGGAGCUGCUGCGUAUCCCAGGGCUGUUGGUGUACACUGCAAGGCUUGUUUUUGCUAAAUCAAAGGCUGAGCAGAUACAUGUGAAAAAGAAUCAGGCCUAUGAGUACCAGUUUGGUUUGGAGUAUGCCUGGACCAUGUGUAUAUUUGCUGUUGUGAUGACCUACAGUAUCACAUGUCCGAUUAUCGUUCCCUUUGGACUGCUCUACAUGUUGCUGAAACACCUGGUGGAUCGAUACAACAUUUAUUACGCCUGCUUACCCACCAAGCUCAACCAUCGGCUGCACUCAGCUGCCGUCAGCCAAGUCAUCAUUGCACCAAUCCUCUGCAUGUUCUGGCUCCUCUUCUUUUCAGUACUGCGCCUUGGACCAGUGCAGCCUAUCACCCUCUUCACAUUCGUCACAUUGCUCCUCUGCAUCAUCUUCUCGUUGUUUGCAUUCUGCAUCAAAGGAGUUCACAAACUUAAGCCUCAAAACUACCAGCUGGCGGAGCCUCAGCCGGACUGUAUGUUCGUGGACGGAGAACAGAGUAGUGUGUCCUCCACACCGAAUUCCAAUGUGUUUGUUGCGGCUGUUCUCCAAGAUCCUGAAUUGGGUCUCACACCUGUUGCAUCCCCUGCACAUCAGACUUAUGGAACCAUGGAAAGUCGUGCUGAUGACAACAAAUCUGAAAGCUCUGGUCGAAUGCAAAACUUUGAACCGGUGUUGGAAAGUCCUCAGCAUGAGACAAAAGCAGGAUCUGCAAUGGACUGAGUUUUGUUACUACUGGUACCUGGUGUGGAAAACUGUGCUGUAGCAGAAUGUGACUGGUGCACGUUUCUCUUUUACUGGAGGUCCUACUAAUGCCACAGACAUUUGCUGAUUCUGGACAGAGAUUAGAGACUGUGGAGUUUUUUUUAACUCUGGCUUUUAUUGUGAGGAGUUUGGUUUCCAAUUCCAAUUGCUUUGUUCUAUAACUCUGCCUGCAAUCGCUACCUGGUUGAGAAUGUCAUCAGCCAGCAUGUUCCAGAGAAUGCUGCAUGUUUCCAAGUGCCCAGAAAGUCAUCUGCUGCACAUGGAGCUGGAACUCUGUUGAAAGAAGCUCCUGUCAAAUUCCCUGCAGUACAAGGAAAACAAUGUGCCUGAAGCCAUUUCCUCUCUCUCUGACCAAAUAUAUAAAUGAGGCCUGGCAUCCUGUGAUGUUAUUAGAUUAUGUAUUAAUGUUUUAAUCUGUACAGUUUCAGAUAAAUUGCCUCUCUUGUUGCUGCCAAUUUGAUUUGAUGAUCAUAAUAUUCUCUUCUAGCACCAAUUCCCUGCUUGUUCAUUUCACCAGCUGCCUCAUUGUCCUUUUCCCUAUCACUGCUCAUUUUCCCUUCCUACAGCAUCUAAACAAAGUAAACCCUUCACCAGAUGAAGUUAAGAGGGUGUCAGUGAGGUGAAUGUCUCCAAGUCCUUCCAGUCUAACCUUGGUCUCAAUAACUUCACAUUUCUUCAUUAAAUACUUUUCUUUUCAUCAUCAAAAAAAAUAGAAAUUCCUUCUGAGGUCCAAUUUUUUAAAGAAUUGAUUUCUGCUUUAGCUACAUUUCUCAGUAUUGCUGUGUCUGUGUUUCCAUUACCACUUAUUCUUGAAUUCUGCAUUUGCCCUGGUUUUAUCAAGUGCCAGGAUAUUCAAGUGGAGAUGAUUAGCAGAUGAGGGGGUGGGGGAAUCAAUCCGAUGGGAAUUGAUUGAUAAGUUGUCCAAAAAAUGUAGCCAAUUACCAAAGAAGUCUAUGUGUCUGAAGAAGUACAUGGCCCACACAUCAAAAGAACUAGGGAAGGUAGGUGGGUGGAGAACAGUUUAGGCAAUAUAAAAAGGGACAUCUUGUACAAUCAUCAUAAAGUACAUUGAGGAAGUGUUUGUCCAAAUCUGAGGUGGCUCAAACUCCUCUGACCCAAGUGUAACAUCUAUACUUCCACUGUCACCUAAAGAGACUGGUUCAGAUUCUGUAAAAUCCAGUUGCCACAUGCAACUUGUUUGAAGUUGCCCAUAAGGGAAACAUGGGGCACUCUAGUUGCAUUGCUUUGACAAGUAUUCUUUUCUCAACAAAUGAUCCAUGUUUACAAUUUAAAGAAUUUUACAGAAAGACCUUCCAUCCAGUUUCCAGCAUUGAGCAGGUGAGCUGAUUGGUCUCCUUCUGUGCCGUAACAAUUCUGUGAUCCCCUGAAUGUUCUGAUGUAGUUUUCUUGUGAAACUGUUAAAUCCCACACUCCCUAAUCCCUUCAUUCAGCAACAUUCUGUCCAGAGCCAUUCCGCAUGCAACAUCCCAGCGGCACCCCACUCUGUCCUGAUGGGAAGUUUGAGUCAACUUUAAUUGCAAUUAUCAGCUCCAACAUGAAGUAAUGAAGGAGAGGCACAAAUGCAGGGAGAUCACAGUUAAAUGGGAGCUUACAAUUCUGAUUUAUCGCAUGGCAGAUAUUAACUGUCUCAAGGAAGGCAAGACAACCCAAUCAAGCCCCCAAAUCCAAAGGUCAAUCUGUUGAAACUUAUGCUAAAACUACAUUGUAUCUAUGGUAAGAGAAAUUAAACUUGCAAUGCAUCAGUCAGCCUGGCCAAAUAAAGGUCUGUCAGUUACAAACAGAAUCUUAGUAGGAAUUAACCCUUGGACAUGAAGCAUUAUCAACUUAAAUCAGUGCGGUGGGCUAUUUGCUGGCUUUCAAGAAAUUACUUCAACUGACUUUGUAACAAUUAUUACUUCCACUAACAUCUGCUAAGUAUUUUGUGUAUUUCAA